AGCGAAAGAGAGAGAGGGAAAUUGAGUGGAGUGGGAUGCUUUGGAUGUCGAAGCAGUUCUUUUGGGGGUGGCGGUUUCCUCUAGCGACACUCCUUUUGCUCUGUUACGCCAUCUCAGCAGAGCUGAUCAUAGGAAAGAAUUCAGCCGACCACAGAUGGAUCACUGGCACAUUGCACGGAUAAAAUCACACGAUCGCCACCAAAUCAUCCUUGAGAUGAUGACGAUGCAUUGGACUGAACGCUAACAAGGACUGAGUCAAAAAUCAAACAACAUACGGACACUGCUGGACUGACUUCAGGCAGCGUGCCGCUUGUCUGAGAACGGGACUAAAUAUAGCAAGUGAAUGAUGAUCCUGGUACAAAAUUGCAACAAUUCAAAGGGGACGCAUCCUCCAAGAUUGCAAGCAAAGAAGUGAAACUCGACUCGGUUGGCUAGUUUGUCUAUUUCAGUUAGCGAUGAUUUACCCUCCGUCCUAUUUGCCCCUCGCUUGUGGUGAGCGACAAUGGAUUAAGAGCACAUUGAGCAUCAAUGAAAAGAACUACGUUUUCUUUCGAUGGGCCCGAAUUCACUUGUAGUCCGUGUGGAGGUGCAAUGCAUAGGCUUUCAGGUGGCGCACCAGCUCCCUCGGGACAUACAUGGCGUUUCCAGUGUUCGGUGGGAGUGGACUGUAGCGACGCAGAGCCUCGCUGUAUCUGGUUGGCGGUAUUAAGAAUUCUUUCACCACAGCCAACCCCGAUCUCGUCACCAAGAAAACCGUCAUCCAUGCGGAUAAUAAAGCACAGACGUUUGUCUUGGGCUAAAGGACUAAAAGAUAACUUGGUGUCAUCCAAUGAGCAUAGUCGCCGACCACUAUCAUCUGGCAACAUGGAGGGCAUGUCAUGGUGUGGCCUGCAGACCGUUUACCUCCAGAAAGACUUGCAGGGAUUCGGUUUCACUCUGCGACACUUCAUAGUUUACCCACCGGAGUCAUACCUCCACAACUCCAAGGAUGAAGAAAAUGGAAACGCAGUGAAAACAUGUGGUCAGCAGUGUCAUUUGGAGGCUGUAGACACCAUUUUUGUGAAGAGCGUGAAAGAAAAUAGUCCUGCUCAUCGCGCUGGGCUAUGCACCGGUGACAGGCUAGUCAAAGUAAAUGGGGAAAGUAUUCUAGGAAAAACCUACUCUCAGGUGAUUCGACUCAUUCAAAGCAGCGAAAAAAAUUUGGAGCUAUCUGUCAUGCCAAAAGAUAAAGAUGUCCUGCAAUUGAUAAGUGCGUACUCUCAGGAGGCCUGCUUCAGAGUCAAUGACACAUUUUCAAUCAAGGACCAUAACCUCCAUGAGCCCCCCCUUCGUUAUUGUUCUUCCACCAAUCCAAACUCCAUCGCUUCACAGCUAAGCCACAAAUUUAGUAGCGUCCUGGACAACUGUCAGUGCAGACCCAGCCCGACAACCUCACCAACGGACAGGCGCCACGUUGUUGCUUCACCAAACAACUGGACGAAAACACCUGAAGAGGUCAGCGAUAACUUUGUCACAACAGCGAGGCACCGUGGACGCUCCUCCUCAGCCAUCAGUGCACUCGACUUUCACUUUGCCAACCACAAUGCUGCCAUCGCCUCGGCAACUCCACCGCGCAAAAGUAGUCUCCCCGCCUCUGGUCAUACUGAUUCGCUCUACCACCGAGCCUUGUCAGACCAGUACUGCUGCCAAGCUGAGGUUGCUGAGCACCCGGCCACUCGCCGGUGCAGUAUCCCUCAGGGAUUGUACGCUGGCCCGACAUAUGCUGCCACUGUCUCUGCAGAGACCCAAAGGCCAGAGACCGUCUUGUCUCAUCAUCAAACCGCUGCAGAUUUUCAUCAUUCCCACUUGCUUGGGGAAUGGAGCGGUAUUUCCAGAGCGGGAAGCAUGCCAUGCUCGGAGAGUUUGCUGGCAGCGUAUGCAAAAUAUGAGUACAACUAUGGCCGCUCCGUUGAAACACUAGAAAAAGCCUCUGCAAUGGUCCCGCCGUACUCGGACAGUUCUUCAAAAUUCAGCCAACAAAAAGUUCAAAAGGACACCGGAGAGAAUGAGCAUCAAAUCCAAAAAGCCACAGUCUCCUCCACGGUGUCUCCUUGUAGGAAGCAAUCAGGUCAGCAGGUAGCGGAACCUCAAACAAGGCGAAUGACAGACGAGUUGGCCGGUUACAAAAAUGGCAGCCCAACAAUGUCUCGUGAAAGUCACCGUCUCCCCCAACCUGCACAGACCUUAAGAGAGCCAAGCAACUGUGGCCCGGACCUCAGUUCCAGUCCUGACGGCAGAAGGAAUGCUGCCACCGGUGAAGUAGAACAGGUCACACAAUCACAAUGGACGACGACACAACCUGCAUCCGAGGACAGAACUCAUAUGGGGUGCAAUAGAGAUGUAAUCUCCCCGAUCUCUCUAAAGCGGCCUUUGUGUCACAGAACCCUUGCCCAAACUCUUAAAAGCCCCCAAUCCCCCGAGUCAUUGAGUGAAAGCCCCUCUCCUGUUUCUGUUGGUCCUGGCUCCAGUCGCAGCACAAAUGGCAGCCUGGUGCAGCAGGCGUACAACUCCCUUUCUUCCAUUCCCUUCAUAGGAAGCAUCAAAGGACGCCGUUCUUCUUACCUGCUGGCUAUUUCGACAGAGCGAUCGAAGUCUUGUGAUGAGGGUCUUAACACUUUGAAAGAAGAGGGCCAUGUUUUGACGAGACUACCAAAAAGAGUCAAGAGUUUUUUCAUUGAUGGGUCCCUUGAGAGUUUGAAAGCUCAGGAGGAGGCACGGUCCAAGCGUCACUCCACCUCGGAACUGGGGAGCAUCACUUUCAGUGACAUAUGCAAGGAGGGCUGGCUACACUACAAGCAGAUUCUCACAGACAAGGGGAAGAAAGUUGGUAGCAGUAUGCGGACUUGGAAACGCCUCUUUUUCGUGCUUCGUUCCCGUGUACUUUUCAUCUACAAAGACAAAAGGGAGGCUAUUCUUCAUGGGGCGGGGCCUGGUUCAGGUCUGGAUGAGCAUCCUCCAAUCAAUAUUUGUGGCUGCCUUAUCGAUAUCGCUUAUCGCGAAACAAAGCGCAAGCACACCCUGAGACUGAUGACCCAGGACUUCUGCGAAUAUCUACUCCAAGCUGAAAACAGGGAUGAGAUGUUGGCAUGGAUCAAGGUUAUUACGGAGAACAGCAAGACCGACAAUGAGGAGAUUGGUUCCUCAAGACAAGUGCUUAUCAACAAGAAGCUGAAUGACUACAGAAAACAGAGUCUUACAGGUAACAAACCAGAUUCUUCCCUUAAAACUCACCGGAUGAUGCCUCCCUUCCUGUUGGCUAAAAAUGACAACACUACAGCGAAUCGAUCAUCCAAAAGCGUUGACAACAAGACCCCGUGGGGCAUCAAUAUCAUGAAGAAGUCCAAGAAGACGGACAAUCCGAAGGCUUUUGGUGUGCGCCUUGAGAACUGUCAGCAGGCCGAACACCACAAAUUUGUUCCACAGAUUGUGGAGAUGUGUUGCGAUGUGGUCGAAGCGACGGGUCUAGAUUACACCGGAAUUUACCGGGUGCCAGGAAACAACGCGAUGGUGUCCAACCUGCAAGAACAUCUCAAUAAGGGUUUUGAUAUCAACACUGCAGAAGAGAGAUGGCAGGAUUUGAACGUAAUCAGCAGUCUAUUGAAGGCAUUCUUGAGAAAACUGCCUGAGCCACUGUUUACUGACGACAAGUACAUCUACUUUAUUGAUGCCAAUCGGAUAGAGGACACAUGGGACCGUCUGAAAACUUUGAAAAAACUGAUUCAUGACCUACCAGAUCACUAUUACCACACCCUCAAGUUCCUGAUGUGUCACCUAAAAAGGGUAGCAGAUCACUCGGAAAAGAAUAAGAUGGAGCCAAGAAACCUGGCUCUGGUGUUUGGUCCGACACUGGUGAGAACAUCAGAGGACAACAUGACAGAUAUGGUCACCCACAUGCCUGACCGCUACAAGAUAGUGGAGACAUUAAUCCUACACUGUGACUGGUUCUUCUCUGGUGGAGAGCUUGAUAAACAACAGAACACACCAGAUGAGGAAAUGCAGCACAUGCCAAACAUUGACCAUCUGUUGUGCAACAUCGGCAGGACAGGUAUGCCAGGAGAAACGUCAGAUUCCACCCCCAGCGAUUCAGUUAAGGCAAAGCGUUCUUUGAGCUCAUUGAAAGACCCGAACGCCAGGGAGACCCUGUCCAAGUCCAUCGCCUCCGCCGUGACCCGCAAACGUAAAAAAUGUCCCAGUGGCCAUCUCCCUGACGGCAGUUCAGAUGAAGGCUCUGUGCACGGACCAAUGAAAGCCAACAAUUAUGGGCAAACGGAACAAAUGGAUGGCAAAGAAAUGAUUGGCAAAGACAAUGCAGAACAAUCUGUUCUCGCACAAAUGAGCACGGUUGACAAUCGAAAUGGGGUAACUCAAACCACCGUGGGAAAAUGUGAAAGCUAUGUGGUAGAAAAGGAAUUUCAAGCAGCCAAGGAUACAAAGUCUGACAAGCAGAACACAACUGUACCACAAGUUUGUCGGAAGAGCUUCCGCUACUCAUGCAACCAGAUAAAUAACACAUAUCCGAGACCUUUACCGAUGACCAGUCCUCAAAAUUUGACAAGGGAACGUUCCAAACUACCAAUCUGGAUUUUCCCAACGAGGCUUCGAGACCUCUGCCAAGCUUCAAAAGACCAAAGCAAUAUGCAACUAGUCUGGAGUCAGCCAGUGCCAAUUUUCAAAAAGAAAUCCAGAGGCCGAAGGACUAAGGCUUUGUCCUUGAACUUUGACAUCCAACUGGAUGAUAUUGUGAGAGAACGGAAAACAGAGGAUGUGGAAAUCAUCACAGCUCACGAACGAGACGCUCCUCAUCAUAUAUCACAAUUAAGCCCAGCCCCUGGUCUUGUCCAGGGGGAAAACUCUUACUCGUUGUUAGUUGAUCACAACUUCCUCUCAUCUUCCUCUGUCGCUCGACGGCGGUCAGCUAUGGCUACACUGGUGGACAAGAAGAAAGCCUGGCAUCGCCACUCCGUGUUUGUUUAACUCAAGUACAGCUCACAUUCACACACCCCUCCCUUCCCGCAUAUAUAUAUUUAUAUAUUAGUGCUGUCAGUUUAGCGCGUCAUUAAUUUAAAUCAAUUUUAACGGCGUUAAAUUUUUUUAUCGCAAGCUGUUGUGUGACAAAAUAUUUUUCCACUGUUAAUGAUGGACAGUUAGUUAUAUUUUGUGAGAGAUUAUGUGCUCCAUGUGUGAAUAACUGCUCCAAGUGGGAAAAAAAAGUUCUUUAAAAAAAUUGAAAUUGAAAUUGUUGUUUCAGUAAAUAUUUAUAUUUAUGCACAAAGAAAACUGAUCCACGAUUCCUUGUUGAUGAGAGCAUUAAAAUUGAAAUCAUUGGAAAUUUAGAAUAGAUAAAAAUCGGUGAUUAUUUACAAUUAAUUAUGAGUUAACUAUGAAAUUAUACGCGGCGAUUAAAUAUUUUAAUCGUUUGACAGCACUAAUAUAUAUAUUAACGAGGAAUAUUUAUUACGACCCUUGUGAGGUAUGCACAAACGAACGCACACACAGAAACACACACACAAAUUGCUUCAGUCGAACAGCAAAGACAAAGAAAACCGGCCUCACUGUUUCAAAUACUUUUAGAGAGGGUACAGCUAUGCAAUCAGUUCAUGAAGUGGCCUGUGCGAUUCUCCAGAUCUCUUUUUACCAAGUAGCACAACUCAGACCAUUUCCUAAAUGGGCUGAAGCACACAAAAGAACAGUACAAUAAAAUAUGUAACAUCUGCAUGUUUUGUCGAAGCCUGGAGGUCGACACAUUUUGACUGUCAUUUGUUUUCUUUGGAAAUGUUAUAUUCUGAGGAUGCAAUAUUUGACAAUGACAGGAAACCCCAUGUUAACCCUUUCACGGACAGCGGUUACUACAGUCAACAGUUUAUCAUGUUAUCAGGUUACAGGGUUCAUGAAAGGGUCAAUAUUUUGGUAUGCUGAUUCUGCAUGUGGAGCAGGCUGUCUGAUAAAAGAUGAAACUUGAGCUGUAGCACUUCUCGGUGCUCACUGCUCGAUAACAAAAAAAAAUAUAUACAGUAUAUAUAUGCAAACCCGAUGUUUGUCCUUGUUUUGCCUGCCUGUAUGGAUGUGUGCAUGCCGUUUUCUACAAAACUGAAGGGUUUUUUUUUUGUUGACCCCAAGGACGUUGAAUUGAUCGCAACGGGACUGUCCUGGUUGUCUUGGUUGCCGUUUGACUUCUCGCCUGAGCAGGUUUCAUCAGUUGAAGCACAAAGGGGAGUUAAGACGGCACGAGCCUGGGACUUGGCGGGAAAGCCAAGUGUUUAUCCUUCAAGUUAGAGGAAUAACUCAAACACCUGAACGAUAUCGAGGCUCUAACAAUGGUGGAAUCACGUUAUAAGAAAAUGCAUUUGAAAUCAUGUUUAGUCGUUUGGGGAAUGAAUCACUGAGACGUCUUCAAAGCCAACCAGAACUGUCUAGUUGUGAUCAAUUCAAUGCCCUGAGAGUGACAUGAUCGGGCUGAAUCAAAUUAUUUACAAGAAAACAUUUUUUUUCUAUCAAAGAAGCCACACAGCUGUAUUAAGUAUGCCAAACUUUUUUUUGGUUACUAUUUGGAAGUAUAACAAAGGAGUGUCACUAUUAGAUGAUUUCAAAAUGGGCUAAGCAUCAAGUACAACAUUGUCAUUUUGCAUCAGUGUCAACAGCGAAGUUCGUUAAUGACCAUAUGUCAAAACCAAAACCUGACGUAAUUCCUCCAUCUGUAUUUUUCACCGUACCUGAGACAAAUGGACUUCCAUGUGACGUUACUGCUCUUGAAGAACAACAUUUUACCCGACGUCAUACCUCAUACGCACAUUUUACAGUAUUUGUAUCCUCGUGUAUGUAUGGAGUGUUUGUGUUUUCAAUUGUGGACCAAUUUUGUAACAGUUGCACAGCUGUAAUGUCAACCUUUGUAUAUAUCGAUGAUAAACAUAAAUUAUUUGUUUUGGUAA